UUCUCUGUUUCUCAGAGAACCAAUGGCACCUAGACUUCCCCCUCCUCCUCCACCGCAGACUAAUGAGCAUGAUGUGCCCAACAACACCAGAUUGUUGGAAUCAGUAAUUGAAAGGUUACAAGAGCAGAACGUUGUUUUGACGCAGCAAAAUGCGGCUGCCUUACAGAGUUUGGAAGCUGCUCGCGCAAGUUCUGAAGUGACUCAGAGACAGCUUAUGGAGAUUCUUGCAUCUACCAGGGGUACACCCGGAGCAUCUACUUCAAACACCACCCAUCAGGCUGAGUGGAGUUUGGAAAAUUUCCUACAGCAUCGUCCUGCAAAAUUUGAUGGGAAAUGCCUUCCCGACGGAGCUGAUCAGUGGAUAAGGGACAUGGAACAGAUUUACGAUGCCAAGGAAUGUCCUAAUGAUCGAAGACUGGCAUUCACCGAGUAUCUGUUGACUGGAGAGGCCAGUCAUUGGUGGUCGACUGCGAAGAUGAUACUAGCAGAAUCUCACAGCCCUAUUUCCUGGAAAGUCUUCAAGGAAAAAUUUUAUGAGGAGUAUUUCCCGGAUAGUGUUCGAUUCGGCAAAGAGGUGGAAUUUCUCCAGUUGGUACAAGGUAAUAUGUCUGUUUCAGAGUACACCAACAGGUUCAAACAUCUGGUUCGCUUUAAUACCCUUGCCACCAGUGAGGUGUGGCAGUGCAGGAAGUUUGAAAAUGGACUGAGAAGUGAUCUUAAGGUAUUGAUAUCCAGCCUCUGCAUUAAGUCCUUUCCUGUUAUGAUUGAGCGAGCAAAAGUGUUGGAGAAAAAUAUGGCUGAAGCAGAACGUCAGAAGAAGCAGCAACAACCAACUAGAGGGCCGAUCAUGUCCAGGCCGAAUAUGAAUCGGGACAGGUUGCCGUAUGCUCGUCCAGCACAACCAUCUAAUUCUCAGGCUAUGGUUGUUGCCGGACAAUCUGGACAGCACGGAUCAGUCAAGUGUUUCCAAUGUGGAGGACCACAUUACCGGUCUUCAUGCCCUCAGUUAUUGGGAGCAAAGUCCUGCACUCGUUGUGGAAGGAAUGGUCACACAGAGCGCGACUGUAAUAUGGGCGGACGAUCGCCAAUGAGGCCGCCAAAUGCUGGAAGAAUGCAACAGGGAAGGGGUGGACGAGCACAGGCUGUUGGUAGAGUUUAUGCGAUCACGGCCACGGAAGCUGCCAGUUCAGAGGGAGAUGAGCGUUUGGAAGAAGCAUUGAAUGAAGAGAGCCUGGUUGAUGUUGAAGUGAAGAUCGAGCAGUGAGAUCGCUCGGCCAGUAUUGUAUUUAGUUGAAUUGAGUGGUCGUUCGACCAUCUCUUGUUUUCUUUUGAGUUAAUUCGACCGUUCAGUAAUUAUCCUGUGUAAACCGUUCGGUCAGGUUUCUUGUACGUUUAUCUUAAAUUUGUAAAACUCUUAUGUGUGGCAUGCGACUUUUGCACAUUCGUCCGUUAUGUUGGAUUUGUACUCAAGGACGUUCGUCCUUGAGCGUUCGUUCGGGUUUUAUUUUGUUUUUAGUUGGAAAACUGUAUUGAAAUAUUAUUAAAUGUGAUUUUCUGAUUUUAUGGUGUUAUGCUGUAUUUUUGGGAUGUCACAUUAGUGGUAUCAGAGCAGUUUUGUCCUCUUAAGGACACUGUAGG